AUGUCGACUGAGGAUCAACAAGUCAUGCAGGACUCCACGCACGCUCCUGCCAAGACCACCUUGAAGAACAAGGCGAACUCGUACUAUUAUUGGCACAGCCAUGAAAAGGAGAGAGCAAAGGUUGGCGAUGUUGCGCCGAUGCCAACGCCGCAUCUCGUCUCUAAGAACGAUUCGUCGACCGUGGUUGCGCCCGUUGUGCCGACGGUGUCUGUGUCAAAGUACAGCUGGUGUGACGGGGACCGGUUCGUGUCUGUGUACAUUGACACCGUCGUGGUGGAGGGCGGAACCCUGGACGAGAGCUCCAUCGAGGCGACCUUCACCGGCAACUCCUUCAAGGUGACAUUCACUACUGCAGAUGAGACGGGGAGGGCGCACGCGAAGGGCCUCUCCAUCCAGCUGUCGAAGCGGAUCGACAAAGACAGGAGUUCGGCAAAGGUGAAGCCGAAGACGCAGCAAAUUUUGGUGAGGCUGGCAAAGAAGGUGGAAAGUGUGUGGCUUGAUCUGGAGGGAAAUGCGAGUGACCGUGACUCGGCAGCCGACGAGGAGGCCACGGAUGACGAGUGA